AUGCGACGAUGGCAGCGAGAUACGAGGGGGGCUGAGGGGAGUCAGGCGCUGGUGGCGCGGUCGGUGUUGACGGAGUUGUCGGUUUUCAGGACGAAGCUCUCGCUACAAAGACAAAGCUCACGCCAGCGGAAAAAAGCCCGCAACAUCUGGAUAGAUGCUGUCAGUAACAAUCAGGCGGACAGUACUGAGAAGGAGCACCAGAUACGAUUGAUGGAGAAGAUCUAUUCGAGCGCCGAGCAAACUUUUAUCUGGCCAGGCGAUGCAGCAGACUACAGUGCCCUGGCCAAGGAUCUCGUCUCGACGAUUUUGGACACGGACUUUGAGAACUACAAUGCUGAGGACUCGGCCUGGAAGGCGCUGUACGAGCUCUUCCAGCGACAGUGA